AUGUGGCAGCCUCAUAUGCCUACUUUGCAAGGAAUUACUAAAGCUCUUUUAGACGCAUCCAAAAACAAAAGACGAAAGCCCAACCAAAACUUUUGGGUCUGCUUAGACAAAUAUAAAGAUGACCCCUACUUGUCAUGCUAUUUAAUGUUUAUGUCAAGAAACAUAUCUUUACAGCCUACACUUAGAAAUCUCAUAAAUGAUUAUAUAAUAUCAAGCUUGAAACUAAAAAGAGAGAUUUCUGCAGAAUGCAUGAUAUUUAUGCAGCAAAAUAUCGUAAUGUAUUUAGAUGAUCCCGAGGUAUCAUCAUAUAUGAUAGAAUUAGCGAAUAUUUUGUAUAACACUCAAGACACCUGUCCACAAAUAAUUGAGCUGCUUACUCCCCCCCCCCCUCCGUGAGUGAACAAAACCAUUAGAAAAAUCCCUAUUUUUUGCCCAAAAACCCACCCUCCGUGAGUGAACAAAAAUUUUUUUAAUAGAAAAUUUUUUUAUGGAAAAAAAAUUUGAUAUAUAAAUGAUAAUUAGUAUAAUGAAAUCUAGAGCUAAUUCUGUUUAAUUUUAAAAACAAAUUGCUCUUUAAAACAUAAAUUUUAUAAAUUAAAUUAAUUUUUGCUUUCCAAUUUUUGCGAAUUAGGAUUUUUUUAAAUUUCGAAAAAAAAUAUUUUUUAUAAAAUUUAUAUAUAAUUUUGUUUUAAAAAAAAAAUUAACCCCCCUCCGUGAGUGAACAAAAUUUUUUUGUUCACUCACGGAGGGGGGGGGGAGUUAGCAACAGCCUUGAUUCGAAUGCUGCGAUUGUUUUAUUUAAAUAUAAAUUUUUAAAUUAUAUUCUGCUAUUUGGAAUUUCUUAUAUGUUUUUACCCUAAAAGUCUUUUUCUUUAUAUUUUUAAUAAUGCUGCUAUUCGAGCAUUGACUUUGAUUUUAAAUAAAGCAAGCUCAAAAAAGGUAGAGUUAAAUACCAGCACUGAGGCUUUAAGAAAUAUUUCUCAAAAAUUGAUAUCUCAAACACAAAGAGAACAGGUAAAUGCAAUUUAUUGUAUGAACAAUUUAAUUGCACUCAAUUUGCAAGUCGUUGAUUCUUAUAUAAUUUCUUAUUUAGAUGCCCUAUUGAAAUUAAAUAACUCUGAACUAGACCAGACUUUAGAAGCAAUUGCAAGUGGAUUUUUAACUAUUGGAGCAGGACACAAAAACCUAAUAUCAGCCAGAAUUCAAGAUUGCUCUAAAUUAAUGAUAAAAGGCUUAAGAAGUAAGCUAAAAAUUUGCUGUGAGUUUUGGAAAUUCUGUAUUAUUGCAAAAAUUCCUAUUUAUCCUUCUCUUUUAAGUCUCUUAUCCCUCCAUGAACAAGCCAAACCAUUGAAGAAAUACCCUCCGUAGGAGCAUAAAAUUUUGUUAAUAAAAGUAUUUUGGAAAAAAUUUAACUUAAAAAAAAAAUCAAAUAUCUGUGAAAAAAAAUAUUUGCUCAGGAGGAUUAGAAGCUUCUAUAAGCAACUUGAUUAUAGACAGCUCUCCUAGCUCUGAAAUUAUAAGAAAUUGCAGCAUUGAGCUGCUUGAAUUACUCGCACCUCAUUUUAAAGAGCCUUGCUUUACUGCACUACAAGAAUUUAUAGACAGCAAAAUCCACAAUGAAAACUGAAUAAAAGCAGAAGCAGCCAUAAAAGCUUUGGCAUGUUUAUCUAACUCUGGAAAUGAAAUCCAUAAUUAUGUAAGGAAUAAUAUAUCAUAUAUCAUGAGAUUUUUGCAGCACGAUAAAAAACAAUUGAUUAGUACAGUCAUUUCUAUGAUAUCUGUGUAUCCAAAUGAAAUUAUUCAAAGUGCACAAUUUAAAAAUUAUAUUUGAAGGCUUUUAAAUCUUAUAAAUGGAAAUGAUAAAGAAAUAGGGGUCAUAGCUUGUUCUGCACUAUUGGAAAUAAUAAAAACGAAGCCUGAGGAAGUAAAUGAAUUUUCGAGAGAGUGUGCAAUUCAGCUUUUAGCACCACUGGAAGAAUGAGACAAAAACAGCCUUGAUAAAAUCCUAGAGCCUUUGUAUGAAUUAGUUAUAAGCUAUAAUGAGCUUUUGGAUAACAGUAAUAGCAGAAUUUCCAUUUUCGCAGUUUUAUUCGAUUCUCUAACUCGCUUAUUAAAUAUAGAACAUAUUUUUGCUCUAAUCCCUAUUUCUUAUGGCCGUUAUACGCCAUUUUCAUAUUAAAUUUCAAAUGAUGAAUUUUCCGCACUAAAAUCUGCGUUUUGAAGCGUAUAUUUGGUUUCAACAUACCAAACUCAAAAUGGCAUGCAUAUGAUAAUAAACGUAUCAUCUCUUAUAAGUAUUUAUUUGUUAGUUUUAAUUUAUAUCAAAAAUCUUUAAAUUUUUUGAUACAAAUGUAAUAUUAAAUAAUAUAGUAAGAGGUAUCCAAGAUGAUAAUCCAGCAUUAGCCAUUGCAUUUAAUUUGAUGAUAGCAAUAAUAAAAGCUUCAUCUGAAGGCUUGAGAAAAUACUUAAAAAGCGUUUUGACAAAAGCUCAGAGAGUUAUUGAAGUAUCAGUUUCCAGAAGGAAUCCUGAGCUUUUCAACACUUGCUUAUAUUUAAUUAUAGAAAUUCUGAAAUCAAAUGUCUUAAAGCCAAAAAGCUACUCGCUUGUCCCUACAUUGGAAUUUUGCUUGAAUUCUCGAGAUAAUAUUGUGCUUGAAAACUGCUUAAAAUUCAUGAUAAACUUGCUUGGAUUUACUAAUGAAUUUGACUCUAUAUCAUCUAAGUUUAUAUAUAAAUUAUUGGAGAUGCUUGAUGUGAGAAGAAAUUCUUUAAAAACCAUAGCAAUAGCCUCUGAAGCCUUACUCCCCCCCCCCCCCAUCCAUGAACGAACAAAAAAUUUUGUUCAUUUUUUUUUUUUAAAUUUAUUUUUAAUUUAAUAAAAUUCAUUUCGUAAAAAUUGAGAAGUAAAAAUUAAUUUAAUUUAAUAUUUUAAAAUGCAAUUUGUUUAAAUUAAGCAGGAAUUAUCUAGGAAUUUCAUUAUACUAAUAAUCACUUGUAUAUCAAAUUUGUAUAUCAAAAAAAUUUUUUGUUCGCUCACGGAGGGUGGGUUUUUGGGCAAAAAAUAGAGUUUUUCCAAUGUUUAGUUCACUCAAGGGGAUUUAGGGAAUUUUUCUAUUAAAUAUCCUGAGGAAACAAGCAAGCUAGUACCAGAAAUCGCUGAAAGAAUGAUGCUGGCAGCUAGAUUAAAUAACUGUAGCCAAAAGCUUAGAAGCUCAAUUUAUUUAUCGAUUGGAAUGCUUGGGCUCUCGAAUCCGAAUGCUUUGUCUACUAUUUUAAGUGAAUUUGCAAAGAACUGAAUUGAUGGAAUGAGAGGUUUUCCAAAUGAUUCUGCUAAAAUAAACAGUUUUAGAGGAAUUUAUGAAAGCAUAUCUUUAUUAAAGCACCAAAAGAAAUACGAUAUAUUAAUUGAAGCUUACAAAGAAAUCCAAAAUCCUCCUCCAGAUCUCCAAAAUAAAAUGGGUAGGAUUGCGCUUGGGAAUAUAAAUCAAUAUAAAAAAUAA